GUUGGAAACACUGGCAGAAUAUCAAAUGCAGAAAUGUCUGGGUCUGGAAUGUUGCCGGGUUUGUCAUGCAUAUUUUGCAUGACCCAGGAGCAGGAUGUCUGUAAUGCACGACCUAGCAUCACAGAUUUUUAGGGGGCUUUCUGGCGCGUAUUCCGCAUGAGAAAUGCCCUUUCCGUGUGGCACAAAGUAGACUUCUCUUGCUGGUCAGGCAAUACAGAUUUUUUCAGAGUCCACCAAAGCUAGCAUCACAAGUUCCAACCUUCCAGACCCAGACACUUUUGCAUUUGAUACAGAAGAGCUGGGGUUGGACUACAUCGUGGAAUCUCUCCCACCGCAUCCGGAAUCGCUGUCCGCUAUCUGGUAUGCAGUGCAAAAGCAUCGUGCUAGUAUAAAUUGCAAUACAAAUUGGCUCAGCAUUACAAGUUAAAUUUGUGAUGCGGAUUUCCCUUAGCACUAAGAUUUGUAUAUGCAUAAAUGUACUUCGUUAGAAGUACGAGUGCGAUACUUUUGCAGUUCAUAUCUGGGACCCCGAGGGGAUCCGCGUGAGGAUCUUGAAGCAAUACGUGGCGGAGCAGGAUCAAGAUCAACAGCAGCGACAAGGACGUCGCGGGGAGCACCUCGUGCUGAUGUGCGGACGAACCACGAGCGGACUUCCCCGGUCAUUCAAUAAUCGCCGCGGGGAUUCUGCUUCUGGUUCUUGUUUGCGGGCCGCGGACGGACACGGAGUAACAUCAAGUACUACUACCUUCGAACGCCGCGGCGGGCGGGGGAAGAACGCCAACGCGGGUGGUCAUGGACGG